UCAUUCACGCUAGUGGUGGGAGACUUCUUUGGCACUGGAAUGAUUGUGGCUGAUUUUAGGCAGGACGGGAUGACUGCUUGGGCCAGGGAGAGAUUGAAAAUUCUGGAAAGAUGUGGGCAAGCUGGUGGGCACAUGAUCUGAGCACGUUACCAGGUACACCGUCUGGGCCAGCAGCCUUCCUGGGGUUCACUGCCAGAAACAUCCGUCUAACAUCGUGUUCCCUCACAGAGCUGCAGCCCCUCAUGGCUAACACAGUUCUACAGACUCAGAAGAACUCACAGCUGCAGCAGAAUGAGCAACAGCACACACAAACCGAGUCUUCUAAACUUCAAAAGAUCAAAGUUAAACUCACACGCUUUGCGUCUUACUUCUCGGGAAAUAUGGCUCCUUUUGACACGUGGAUGAAAGAACAGUGCAUCUUGCUUCAGAUUUGUGAUUGGGUGUUGAGAGGAGCAGCACAGGUCAUGUUCGUAAACAACCCUCUGAGUGGACUGAUCAUCUUCGCAGGGCUGAUCCUCCAGAAUAGAUGGUGGGCUCUCAAUGGCUUUGUGGGCACUUUGUUUGCCACAAUCUCGGCCCUCAUUCUCAAACAAAAUAGAGGGGCAAUCGCAGCAGGCCUGUAUGGAUACAAUGGAAUACUGGUUGGUCUUCUAAUGGCAGUGUUCUCCAAUGCAGGUGACUGGUACUGGUGGCUUCUGCUGCCCAACAUCUUUAUGUCAAUGGCAUGCCCAAUCAUCUCUAGUGCCCUGGCCUCAAUUAACAGCCGGUGGGAUCUGCCAGUUUUAAACCUGCCUUUUAACAUUCUGGUGUGUCUUCAUAUGGUAGCUACAGGCCACUACAACCACCACUUCCCCCAGGUCCUCAUCCAGCCAAUCACCUCCUUCCCCAACAUCACAUGGUCUGAGCUGGAAUAUACUUUGCUCUUCCAGUCCAUUCCUGUUGGCAUUGGGCAGGUCUAUGGCUGUGACAAUCCUUGGACAGGAGGCAUAUUCAUUGUGGCCCUGUUUAUUUCUUCACCAAUAACUUGCAUGCAUGCUGUUAUUGGUUCAACUAUUGGGAUGGUGUCAGGUCUUGCUCUUGCGGCGCCAUUCCAGAGCAUUUACUUUGGACUGUGGGGAUACAAUUGUGCCUUGGCUUGCAUUGCAAUUGGUGGAAUAUACUACGCCCUCACCUGGCAGGUCCAUCUACUGUCUAUAGUCUGUGCAUUUUUCUGUGCAUAUCUUGGCUUUGCAAUUAGCAAUGUGAUGGCUACUUUUGGACUUCCAGCAUGCACUUGGCCCUUCUGCCUGUCAGUCCUCACGUUCCUCUUGAUCACCACAGAGACAAAGACCAUCUACAAGCUGCCACUUUCUAUAGUUACCUACCCUGAGAAAAACCUCAUAUUCUACUGUAAGGUGAAGGAGGAGAAGGCUGAAAAAAAGCAGAAGAAAGUCCAAGAGGAGAUGCUACAGGAGAAGGAUAAAGAGGCACAAAUGACAAAAGACAUGGAUGUAAAGAUAAUGAUGGAGAACCAAGAGAAAGAGCAGCACAAUGUCUGCAUUAAGAUAAGUAGAGGGCAUUUGGAAAACCUGUCCAUUACUGGAAACACAGAGCCAACUACUCUAGAAUUAACUGAAAUAUGAAGCAACAAUUUCCAGCGCACUUUCACUCUGUGAGAACAAUGCACAUUUGGUUUCCCAAUAAUGUGUUAAUGAGAAAUUAUUUAAGUGGUUAAAUACAUGACAUAUUGUAUGCACAAUGAAUGUAAAUGCAAAUUAUCUAUACAAAGUCUAUACAAAAAUGAUCUAUAUGACCAUCCAUCACUGAACCACAUGGACACAUUCUGGGCAUCUCUACUGCAAUGUUACAGUAAGCAAUGUAGUUGUUCUGGCUAUGAACACUGUCUUUGAGACAGGAUGAUGGAACAAUCCAUACUAUCCACCUCUACUUUCUCAUUGUUACUUCCUAACAAUCUCAUAAUGGUAAACAUGUAUGACUGCAUAACUUAAUAUUGAUAUUUGAUGUUCAUAUUAGGUAAUUCUAUUAAAAUUUUUGGGCCUAUUUUUUUCUUUUCAUAUGAAUGUGUUUGCAUGUUUUAGAAAUUUCCUUUUAUCCCUCUUUUAAUUGUUAAAAGCAAAAGUGUCAAGUUGUUCUUUAACUUAUGUAUUAUACAUAAACUGGUUAUUGUAUAGAUAAACUGAUUGUACAGAAUUAUUAAACGUCAUUAAAAGUAAUUAUGAUCAAUGCUUCUGGUAACAAAUGAAAGUGUCAUGUAAGAGAUUCUGAAAAGAUUGCUCUGCCUUCCUGCCCAGCUGAUGAUUUCAUCCCUCCACCCUGCCCUGUUGAGGGUGUCACCCCACCUCCUUGCUUGGCUGGUGAUGUUGCCAUGCCUCUCUGUUCGGCUGGGGUCGUCCUCUCUGCCCAGAUGAUGACUUCACCUCCUCCACCCUGCUGGGCUGAGGAUGUCGCUCUGCCUCCCUGCUUGGCUUAAAACAUGGAUCCACCUCCUUUCUUUGCCAUCAUGGUCACUCCCCCUUCUGGCCUCACCAUGGUCGUUGCUCCCCCCUCUGGCCUCGCCGUGGUUAUCACUCUACCCAGGGGUCCAGGCCCUCCUAAGUUUGGGUGCUUCAGGAGCCAUAAGGGGGGCACUAUGUCAUGCCCACCAUGGACAAUUUCCCCCCAGACCACCGGACAUCACCCUCACUCACAUUUUUUUAAAUUCUUCUUUUGUUUUCCACACCAUUUCUCCUUGGUUGGGAAGCAUUGUGUGUAUUGUUUGUAUUGUUACCAUUAUGUUGCAUUUGCACCAUGAGUGGGUUUUGAUUUUUAUGUUGAGUUUUCUUUUCUUUGCUAUGCCUUGCUUCAGUCUAGUCCUUUGUUUAGGUUUUUCUAGUUUUUGGUUCUUUUUUGUCAUUGUUUGUUAUUUUUAAUUGUUUAAAAUAAGAUUUCUGUAAUUGCAUUCUACUCCUUGAGAUUUCGUGACAAAUGUGUCUAUGACUGUGUAACAAGGGGAGAGCUGACAGGUGGGCCAAUGUGCUUGUACCUCCAGAAUCUAGCAGGGCCUCGAGGGGAAUCCCCUCCAGCCACAGGUUCAUGGUGGGACAACUGGUGGUGAGCAUACUCACCUCAGGGAUCGAGGAAUGAAGUGGCUGCCCAUUUUGCAGUUUGCUAGGAGCUCAUCAGUGAUAAAUCUGCUGGACCCUGGCUGAUCACCAGCAAAUGUUGAAGCAUGGGAUUCAUGUGGGGUCUUUCAGAAAUAAAUUUUACUCACAAUGGACUUGCAGUUUUGUACCAAUGUGAUUCUUAACCAUAAUUUGACAUAUUAUAAAGUAUGAGUUGGUAACUGAUCAACAAAGACUGUACUAUCAUUUCUAAUAUAAUGCAUUAAAUAUGGACCACUAUUUUCACUGAAAUGUUUCAGAGAUUUUUUUUUUCACUACUUUACACUAAAUGUCUAAUAUUCUGUUCUGUUGGAAAUAUGCCUGAACUGUUAUCCCCAUCCCACCCACCCCCAGAUCAGGAGUGGGUAAAGACAGACUGGUGAUCUGAUCUAUAUUAUAUAUACGUGUACCAUAGAUAACGCCUCUCUGAACGCCAUGGUGGGACGUUCCCGAGCUGAAGUACUGUACAAGUCCUAAGCAUUAGAUCACCCCAAUUACUCUUGUAUACUCUUUCCAUACCAUCGUGAUCUUUGCCUGACGAAACCAUACACAAACAUAUUUGACAUUUGGGGCCUAUUUCUAAAUCACCAGAU